CGUAAAUGGGAUAGCUACUCUUAGAGUUCCUUAACAUUAAGAUGACAGCGUUAGGUCUAGCCUUGAGAAACCCCGCUUGAUAUAAAUACGUGAUGGCGUUUAGGUCUCUGACAGAAAGCUUCACGUUUAUGAGAAAUAAUGCAUUCCAAAACAGAAGUUUCUAUCGUGACGAUAAAUCUGAUCAAGAAUCAUUGGUAUCCAAAUCUAAAAAUAAAGCUCCUGUCAAUAACUCUACUAAAAAGUUACGUAAUGAAUGGCAAACCACAGUCAAUUCACUUCAAUAUACGUUCUGCAUGAUACGACAAAAAAUGAAAGAAGUUAUUGCUCUUCAUGAUAGACAUCUCAUGGCUUCGAAUUUGGAUGACAACUUAGAUGAAGAUCAGGAAAUAGAGUUUCAAACUAAAGAGCUUACUCAGUUGUUUAAUCUAUCACAUAGCCAACUUGGCCAGUUAUCCAAAUUGAAACGUUCCUCAGCUAUGUGGCAACAAUCGCAAGAAGCCAAGUUGGCAGAAAACGUUGUUUGUAAUCUGGCGCGAACUCUUCAAGAUCUCUCAGUAGUAUUUCGAAAGGCACAAUCAGAAUAUCUAAACAAACUUCGAUCCAGAGAUGAACGAAUACGUAGUUACUUAAAUAUAGAUUUAAAUAUAGGAGAUACAUCAUCAACAUCAAACAACCUGGUAAAUGAGUUUGAAGAUGGUGAUUAUGCUGUUUGGGAAUCACAAAAACAAAGACGGAGUUUAUUACUUACAGAAAAUACAAACAUGGUUGUACAACGUGAACAAGAAAUUCAUCAGAUUGUUCAGUCUAUUCAUGAAUUGAAUGAGAUUUUUCGCGAUGUUGCACAAAUGGUUGUGGAUCAAGUAAGCACUUUAAACAUUUUCGGAUCAACUUACUAUCUAGCUCAAAACACGUAGACUAAAUUUACAUUAGUUAAGUCUUUAUGAUUUUUGUUUUAAAAAAUGGGAACAAAAUGUUUAAAAGCAAGCAAACAAAAGUCUUAGAUGGUGUUUUAUAGCAAAACACAUCAUGAGAUGUGACACUACUUAUGGAAACUUCUAAAGCAGAUUAAUGAUUAGCGUCUUCCAAUCUUCCACAUGAUCAUGGUAUUGUUUUCAUCAGAAUAAACCUAUUAAAGGUUGAGUGAUAUCUGCCUUGUUUUUGAAGAAUAUAUAAAUAUAUUCAGUAAAAAUAUUUUUAGGUUAUAUUCGGUAUGAUAAAUACGAAGAUCGUUAAGUACGGUUAGCGAAGAAACAAAUCGGUUCAAUAUGAUCAAACGAUUAGCAAUUGUGCCAACCAAUAAGAUCCAAACAAGAAAAUUUGGUAUUAAAAAAGGACUACUUGUAAGUAGUAUGGUUAGAUGAAAUGAAAUUCACUUGCGAUGACAUUUUCUGACUUGCUCUUCUAUGUAUUUGAAAGCAUCAUAAAUAAAAUAAGAUCUUGUUAGGUAUUGUAGAAUUGGUGAAACAAAAAAAUUCUUACAAAUAUGAUGGUAUUAUAUCAGAAGUAUGAACUUUUCCUCUCGAAAUUAUAUUUUGUUAUGCUUGUUCAUUGACAGUUAAUUUCCUGUUUGAUGUUAGAGUUUCUUUCUAAACUGCUUACUAAACAGAUUAAGAACCAAUUUAAACUAUCCAAAGCCUUCUAAAAAUAUAUAAUAAUCAAAUCAAUUGUACUUAUGACACAUCAUAAUUGUCUCUCGUAAAUUAAACAAUCUAAUGUGCUUAAAAUGUUUCUCAGUUUCAGAAAUUCCAAGUUUGAAAAUUAAUAAUCCAAGGUUAUUGCACUGGUGAAUGAUCCGACUCGGGUUAGGAAAACCUUUCAAGAGUAUUCGUAUUUCUCACAAAAUGUAAUAGAAGGGUUUCAAUCCCAAUGGUGACCCAAUAAUAAUAACAUUUACGCUUUUUAACCAUCCGUAUAGAUGGUAUCCUUUGAAAAAAUCUCCCCCAGUGGUUAAGUCGUACUUCACGAGAGACCUCAUAAAUAUUCUUAGUUAUCCCCUAAGUCACAUCAAGUACCUUUAAGUAGCGAUUGACAUUACCUAUACAAUCUGCAUCAUGACAGGAGCCUCGUGUAAUUUGAUUUCCAUAUCAUGUCAUGCUCACCAUGUUGUUGCACAGCAAAUAUGUUUAUUACGUAGUUUGGUUCGUGACUAAUAGAAGAAUCCAAGACUGGUUGAAAUCCGAACAAACUUAUCAACGGAGGGAUAAUUCCAAAUCCUUCCUGCCAAUGAUAUAGAUUUAUGUAUUAAUUUCUAGCACCUUAAGAAGUAUUAAAAAAACUUUACUUAGCUUUCAACAAGGUAAUAGUUAUUCGUCAUCGGGUCUCAAAUUUUAUUAAAAAUCUCAAGAUCGACCAUCUUCAAUAUGAUUGGUCCGUCCGUAAAUUGUAGUUCUACAGAAAGGAAGUUCCGGACGAACCAAAGUUUGUCAUAAAAUAGUUACUAAUCCUAAGUACCGUAAAACGAUAUUAUUGUAUGAACGUUACAACUUAUCACUUCAUACUACUAAACAUUGCAAGACUAGAGUAGUAAGUUCUCAUGCUUUUUAUAGAUCUCGUAUAAAAAUGAGCGUUCAUUAAAUGCAACGACGUUUGCCACUUUGAUCAAAUGAGCAGAAAAAGACAAAAACUAGGUUCCAAGUACAUCCAGCUGACGUGUCCCAAGUAUGACGAGAACUGCGUGAACUGUUUGCAGUUAAUUAAAGUAUACGAUCUAUAAAUUAAAUAUUUUGAAAACAAUCCUUAGGUUUAUAUUAAAUUAUGUGUAAGCUGCGUCAUAACAUGUUACACUUAAUGUAUUUGGAUGAUAUGAUACAUUUUUCUAGGGGACAUUAGUGGAUCGUAUCGAUUAUAAUGUGGAACAUACUCAAAUUCGAGUUGAAGAGGGUUUGAAGCACUUGACAAAAGCUCAAAGUCACCAAUCGAAGGAUCGUAAAAUGAUUGUUAUCCUUGUAUUGGCUGGAUUGGUCAUUAUAUUCGGUGUUCUACUGAUUGUUACCAAAUUUCGAUAAUUCACCACAGAGAUUGUUCUGACCACUUUUGAAAUGACCGCCAUCUUUACUGCAUUAUUCUAAAUUAUUAUUUAACAUGAAUAAAUAUGUGAUAAAAGGUUGUCUUGUUAAGUCAUUCGUCUUUCAUACUUGGUUCUGAACAAAUUUUUCAAAUGUGUUCAUAUACUACUAAACCAACUUGGUAUUAAUAGCAUCAAUUUAGAAUAACUUGAAUUAAGGUGUUGUUAAUAGUUCUUCAUUUAUAACUUUGUGUCUAGGAAAUGUUUGUGUUGUUUCAACAUCUUUUUUUUUGUAAAUAUGUAAUACUCUUGUGUUAUUUAAUUAUGAAACUGACUUGAACCCUUUCUAUCAAUUUUACAUAAUCCUUUUCUUGUGUCUUACCACUUUGAGUAAAGCAUUAAAAUACAUUCCUUCAUCAUUGUUUCUCAUGUUGUUUGUUUCCCGACGCUUACUGUUAUACUUGUGAUAAUGAAUGAUUGUUUUAACUUUUCGUAUUAUUUCUUUUUCAUGAGAUUUUUCGUCUGUUUUCAUAUUUUUAUUCAUUUAUACGCUAAUGAUUAAGCUUAUAUUGAAACUUUACAUAAUGUAAAUAUAUCAGAAUAUAUGUAUAUGAAACAGAAUUAUAUGAUUUAUUUUCUCUACAGCUGUUUGAAAACAAAUUUUCGCUCAAAUCAUGCUACAUAUUAAUUCAUCUACAGUAUUUAGUGAACUGAAUACAAUAGAAGUACUUUAUAUUUACGCAAUAAGUCGAAGCGAGGUAACCAGAAAUGAAAAAUUCCGAUACAGCUCUAUCCGGCGGUGAUACAAUGUUAAAUCCAUGAGGUUUUCAUAAGGACACUAUAGGUGUACUUGAAAAUCAAUCACUAAGAAUAGGAUUUCUAAAGGCACCCUAUAGAAUUCAAAUGUACGUGUGAAAUUUGAAGAAUUUAAAAUUAUUCUUAAAAGUCCCGUUUUCAUUUAUUCUAAUUGAAUAUUGCACUUCCCAACCGUCGAUAUAAUUACUGUUUCAUUCGCGAUCUUGUAUUUAGUAUGGUAGAACCGAAAGUAUCUAAGUCAUUCUAGUAGUGUUCAUGUACAUCAUUAUACUUUAUGAGAAAUUAUUUAGGCAAAUACUGUAGCCUAAUUCAUUCAUAUUGAAGCGUGAAUCUUUUACAAAUGAAUAAUAUACUUAUCACAAAUAAGAUUUAUGAUUGUAUUGUUUUGUUUCAUUAUAUUCUAAACCGAAGUUAUUGUGUCAUAGUCGGAGAUAUUACAUAAAUCGAAGAAGGCAAAGGUAAUAUUGGAAUAUGUACCUCAAAUAUUUGAAAAUUAAGUCCUUAAAUCAAUACAACUAUAGUGUUGAUCCAUUUGAACUAGUUAACAGGCAGUGUUUGUACGUGAAAUCAUCGAAAUUUUAUAUAAACUUUUAUGUAUUUUAAUAAAAAAUAAGCGACUGUAAAAGCUCAAAGUCAUGACCUAAUAAUUAGGGGGAAUAUCUAUGUGGUUAAUUAGAACGUUUAUCUAAAAUAGAAAUGGCAUAUUCGAACGAGAAGAAACAUGAGUUUUCGGAAUUUGAUAACUAAAUAUGAUGUGCUUCCUCAAAGGAUGACUAACUCUCCUAAGUUAACAAAAUAUCAAUAAAACAAGGAACAAGUGAGAUCAACCACUUACUACUUACAAACAAGCCUGGUCAUAUCACUGUUAGGUCAUUCAGCUUGGAUGUGACCUUAUAUUAAACGUCCUACUAUGUACUCGUGUAUGAAUAGGUAUGAUUAUUAGACUGUGACUCAGUGAACUAUUUCGUGUUUUCUCAGUGUGAUUUCAAACGAGCUAAAUGUGAAUUGGUUUGGUAAUAAGAUCGCUUAUAUUGACCGCAGUCGGAUUUAGUGUAAAACAAAAUGUUUAGGUACUUUUCUUCGAAGUCCGUUUAAGUUGAAGGGAAUUCAACGGAGAAAAUAUCUUUUUGGACAAAAUCAUUCACGUACAUACCCAUAGUUAUUUAGUAAAUGUAUAAUUUUAUAGAAGGCCGAAAAGAGAUUACAUGAAAAAGUGAUCCAAUGUCUCAUAUAUUGAAAGACGUUUGCGUAAUGAUUGAGAGGUUAGAGGGAAUAAAAUCUCGGACCUCUCUUUGUUUUUACUCAAUGACAAAAUGAGUAACUUUAAUUAUCUGCUUAAGUUAUUUGUAUAUUAUCUGAAACCGAACUAAUGUUUGCUGAAAACAGCGUACAGCUGCUAUUAUAGACUGGGUCUAUACUGUUAUUAUUAUUAGAUCUCUCAGAUGUUCUUUGGUAAAGUUUAACAUUACAUUAGAAUCUUCAAUAUAUAUUACGUCUUAAUCGACAUGAGUUAAUUUGUA